AUGCCUGAUGUACUUGGUGCGGGACUUCGGUGGCUCAAAGGGGAGAAAGGGAAAUCUUUCAAGGAACCUAUAGAAGCUUGCGUAGGGCCAGAUGUGAUCGAGAGCAGGAGGCUACAUCAAAUGGCUCGUAAUAUGGGAUUGGAGAGCGACAGUGAAGAGGAACGUCUCAAUAACCGUACCGUCAGAUCAGAAAGACACCGCGAGAGAGUCAAACAUCGUCCCCCUCCGGAUAAAUAUAGUCCAGAGGGUUCAUCUAGAAGUGGUACAAUGAUUGAUUAUAGUAAGACGGGCGGAUAUCAAAGGUCAAUAUGGCUUAAGGACGGAGACCAUUCAUCAGACUCAGAUCGACUGCCUAGGCAUGACUCCCCUCAGGUGAAAAAUACAAGGAAGAGUUCUGAUUACCCAAAUACCAAUCUGGGGCCAAGCGGAAAACCAUGGGGUCAACAAAUUUCUAUUUCACAGUCAGCUCCGGAUGAUUAUUCAAUGCCCUACGAGAGUUCUGGAAACUUGCAUGUGGGAAGUCCUAGAGAAGCUGCUAGACUAUCGACAUCGGCCAAUUCCUCUGAAUAUGUGCCUCGCGUAGAUAGAAGUGCACACGAGAGUAACAAUCGGCGAGGACCUCCAUAUUCUAACCAACGACCGCCGUCACCUCAUCUAAAAUUUGACCCUGUGCGAGACGCUGCUGCACAAAACGAUGUAAUCUCUCGCCAUCAUUCAAACUAUGAAGCACCCAUCUCAUCUCGAGUCAUUCCUGUAAGAAAGCCUGUACCACAUUCCCAUUUGCAGCAUCCAUCAAUAGCAAGAAAGGAAGCCAAAGAAUUAAAUCCUAAACACCUAGCAGAACUAGCAAUUAUCAAUCGUCGUAAUGAGGAAGAGGUUCUUCGACAGCGAAGAGCGAGAAAACUUUUGAACAGCCCUCAGGAAAGUGAGGAAUCAGAUGAGGAUUACUACGAAGAUACAGCCAGAGGACGACGUCAAUACGAGGAGGAUAAGAGACUCUUCAAGAAUUACCAAGCACGUCAAGGAGACGGCAAACUACUACCUCUCCCGUUACCUUCGAAACUACCCCCAAGUCUCAACCAACACUCAAGCCCACCACCCAGAUCCGCCGCAUCACCCCUUGGGUUUCCGAUCCCAUUUCGACCUGUAUCGCUAAUGGAGGACGAAGAACCCCACAAUUCCUGGCCCGGCCAUAUAAAGCCUCCUCCAGAUCCUCGUACGAGUACAGUCAUGCCCCCACCACGACGCACUCCCGUCUCCUCCAGCGCAUGGGAAAACAAUCCCAGAGCUCCACCCUACCCCGUCACUCCCCACAAUUACCAUCUCAACGGAUAUAACAAUCAAAACGAUGUUCAAAAACGUGCAGUUCAUGAUGCUUUUCAAGAUAUGAUGCUACAUGGACAUGAAAGAAUCGCAGGUCCUACCCCUCCUACUUUCCGGAGUUCGUAUCCGGAUGCAAUGGAGUUGUCGGGUGUUAGUCCAGAGAUACGUAGGGAUGGGACGAGAAGACAUACAGCUGGUGGGAAUGAAGUACUGGGUCAAAGAUCACGAACGCCUGAAUUUGCAGUAAGAAUAGAUAUGGAUAUAUAUCGUCCUGCCACAAUUCAGGAAACAGAAGAGGAACGCGCAGGCGGUGGUAUAUCAGGUGUUGAGCGAAUGGAGUUACAUGGUGAAAGUAGACGAUUGGGGGCAAUUGGGGAUCGUAGAAGAGAAAGACCAGUUCCGGAAAUUCGUGUUCAGCAUCCUACUCCAAUAGCAAGUCUGCGGGAGUCACAUGGUGUGAAUAUCGGGAGGACGAGGAGGAGUGCGGAGAUUGAACGGUUGGUGGCCCCGAGAUCGGAUCAUGGAGAGCGUAGGAAGCAUGAAAAGCAUAGCAAACACGGGGAACAUUAG